UUUGGUUUGCGAUCGUGCGUUUCAAGGGUCUUUAAUUGCGUCUGUUUACUGCAGUUGCACUUGAAACUUCAUUUACAUUAUUCAGCGUGUAGGACAUGCCGAGCUACUGCGUGCAACGCUGCAGAUCGCGCUCUCUUCGCAAAGAGCCUGGAGUUUCAUUCCAUUCGUGAGUAUAUGAUCAAUUCAUAUGCAAGAAAACUGAAAGUUGUUAGCCAGAAAUGCUGGACUUCAAGCACUUGCUUGGACCUACUUGGACUUGCUCGAAGCACUUUCACCCAGACGACUUCGUCCAAACGCACUCUCUCGUCCGACUUCGUCCAUGUGCAGUUCCCAAAUUUUUCCCACAACAUGAGCAUGCUGGAACCACAAGUGGGGCUGAAGCUACAGUGGAAGGCACAAUGGUUGCUUCUACAUCAUUCGCAGCACCACUGCAAACACAGAGGCGAGCCAUAGAGACUAGCUUUGAGCUGCUGUGGGACCCUCUCACCACUAUGGAAAUGGAAGUGGAUAGUUGCAGUCCUUCCACGGAACACCUCCCUGUUGAGCUGGUGUCCCAAAUGAGCCAGGCAGUGGCUCCACCAUCACCGAUGAACCUCGUGACACAAAAGGGCACGUCACCAAUUCCCUGUGACUCUCUGGUUGACAUGCAGGCGGAGAGUGCUAGUUCUGUGAUGGGAGGUGCACCCUCUGUGGAGCAAGUAAAAGAGGAAUCCCCCGUGCUAUCACAAGAAUACAUGGAGGAAAAGGAACAGCAUGUUUCUGAACUCCUGUGGGACCCUCUUGUCAGCGUGGACACUGAGGAAGCUGAAGGACCACGAGAGGUACAUAGUACUUCUGCUCUGAGAAAGGAAAACAGUGAAGAGCUGCCCUUAACUUCAUUUGGGGUGUCAUCAUCUCCCUAUGCCAUGAUGACUAAGUUGUACAUAUAUGCUCUUUCAUGUAAUGUGAGGGCACAAGUGGACCUGCACUAGAGGAAGACGCAUCCCCUGGUUCUGGAAACCAUGCAAGUCAGGUUGAAGAGGCAAGACUUACUUCCCACCCUGGCCCUUAUAUAAGUGCACAAAUGUUAUGGGUACGCUCAGUCCCGGGUGUAGGUGCUGCAGACACACAGCUGCAAGCAUUACGCAGUCAUUCAUCGUUCGGCAAAAGCCCCGGAUCCUUCUGUCUUGCAUGGUGUGUAAUUUUAGGUUACAGAGCAGGUGCAUAUAGCCGCAUCUGCAUUUAAAUCUAUCCAUACUAAUUCUCUUCUCACAUUGCAGAAUGUGCAUGCAUUUUAACCUAACUGCUCCAAAUAAAAUGUAUACUAAACACUUAUGACUGAUGAUUCAGUGAUGAUUUUACUAACAUCUACUGACU